AUGGACUCGGAAGAUACUCACUGUCUCAAUACACCACAUACAAUCACACAGACUGUGCCCAUGGACUCGAUUCCAAGCUCGCCAGUAAGGAAGCACGCUACGAAACCACAUCUCAUAGUGUCAUCACCUCCCCAGAGCACGAUGGAAAAGUUACAAUCAAAGGCACAGGAGAGGUACAAAGGUCUCAGAGAGCCGAUGUCCUCGCCGCUAAAGGACAGAUCUAAGCAUAGGAUGAUAUCUCAUGGUCAGAAGUAUACGUUACGUGGUGAAGAAUACAUACCUUUUACCAAAAGAGAACGCGAUGAGAGAAGAUCCCAACGGCUGUUGGACCGCAGAGGUGGAUUGGAUACCAUGGGGAAGUUUGUUGAUACACAGGAGAAGAAGAGAUACAACGAGCGUCUACGAAGAGAAGCCGAUGCUCAUGUGGUUCAGGAUUGGCAGGUUGAUUCCGUGGUGGAGGAAGAAAAGUUAACACCAUAUGAGUUGGAGCUGGAGAUGAUGAUCAUGAAUGAAGAGAGAGCAUUGGAAGCAAUGAUCAAUGAUCUGGAUAUAUAG